UCCAGAUGGCGAAGAAGCACCUUUACCCCAUGACGUAUGACAACAAAGGUUAAGGAAAGGUGGCAUAAAGGUGAGGAGAUAGUAUUUUCCGAAAAAGCCUCAUCUUUCUCGUGUUGACGUAUCUUUUUUUGCUCGACGAAGCUAUGACUGGCCAAAUUAAAUAAACUACAGUACCCACAAUUCCUUUUCGCGCUGCAAACGUCAACGUCCGUGUUACAACAAGGAAGUGAAUGGACAAGGUUUUAAACUAAUCUUAUUAGAAAAGACAGCUGGUUUUGUAAAAGCACGCAUUUAAGGUCCAGAGCGAUGUUGGUGCGUAACAUGAAGCGGUUAUCUUCUUGGGUCUUUGCAAAUGCAUUUGCGGUCAGUGACUAGCAAAAUAUAAACAAAAUCAAUUCACCAGACAAGUCGAACGAGUUGUGGCUUUGGACGCGUCUCACAUUCAUUCGUUCUUUUUAUGAUCGAGGACUUGUGAAGUUACGUGCAGAUUUCAAGUACUGUUGACGCUCACGGCUGAAAAUGAGGAUGAUCACCUUUUUAGUGGUGGGACUGGCAGUCCAUGUAGUAUUCUUCUUGUCAAUCUUUGAUAUCUACUUCACCUCUCCUUUGGUCCAUGGCAUGACGCCCAUGGCCACACCUUUGGUUCCACCUGCCUCCAGACUGGUGCUGUUUGUGGCCGAUGGCCUGAGAGCAGACAGCCUCUUCGCCCUUCUUCCUAAUGGCUCAACUAUGGCUCCUUAUUUGAGGAGUGUGAUUGAGGAGAGAGGUACCUGGGGUGUCUCCCACACGCACGUUCCCACCGAGUCUCGCCCUGGUCACGUUGCUCUCAUUGCUGGCUUCUAUGAGGAUGUUAGUGCUGUUGCUAAAGGUUGGAAGGAGAAUCCUGUGGAGUUUGACUCUGUGUUUAAUGAGAGCAGACAUACUUGGUGCUGGGGCAGCCCUGAUAUUCUGCCCAUGUUCGCUAAAGGUGCAAGUGGAGACCAUGUGGACACCUACACUUAUCCAGCAGCAGAGGAGGACUUUGCCUCCACGGAUGCUUCCAGGCUAGACAGCUGGGUGUUCACUCAAGUCAAAUCACUUUUUGAAUCAGCAAAGUCAAACUCCACUUUGAACGCCAGGCUGCUUAAGGAUAAGAAUGUCUUCUUUCUGCAUCUAUUGGGAAUUGACACAAAUGGACAUGCUCACAGACCAAUGUCGCAGGAGUAUCUCAACAAUAUUGGCCUAGUCGACUCUGGUGUAUCUGAGCUAGAGUCUAUAAUUGAAGACUUCUUCAGCAAUGAUGGCAGAACAGCCUUUGUGUUCACUUCUGAUCACGGCAUGACCAAUUGGGGUUCCCAUGGGGCUGGUCACCCCUCAGAGACGCUUACCCCUUUUGUGGCUUGGGGGGCUGGAGUACAGAGACCCCACAAAGUGACCGGAAAUCAACUUUACAAUGAUGGCUACUUGCAAGACUGGAAACUGGAGCACCUAAGAAGAGUUGAUCUCAAUCAGGCUGAUAUUGCUCCUCUCAUGGCAUCUCUAAUUGGUGUACCCAUUCCUGUCAACUCUGUUGGUGUAUUACCUCUCCUUUACCUGAACAACAGCGAUCAGUUCAAAGCAGAGUGUAUGUACACUAAUGCUAUUCAAAUAUUGGAACAGUUCAAGAUGAAAAUGAAGCAGAAAAAAGAGACAACAUUGUCUUGUCUCUUUACCCCUUACGAACAGCUCACUGACCCUAAGCAAGCAGAAUUUAUUGAGAAAGCAAGAAUACUGAUUCAGCUGGAAAAGUAUGACGAUGCUAUCUUGCUCUGCCAGGCCCUGAUAGCUGAUGCCCUUGAAGGCCUAGUUUACUACCACACCUACGACAGGUUUUUCUUGGGUUGCAGCGUGGUGCUGGGAUUUGUAGGGUGGACCUCGUAUGUUGUCCUGGUUAUUCUGAAGACUCAUGCAAGCCUUAACAUGCAUCCCGACAUCCUCAAACAGAAACCCGAUCACACCCUGGUGAGGUUGUGUGGGUGUGUCACAGUCGUGAUCAGCAUAUUCCUGCUCAUCCAAAGGAGUCCACUCACACACUACGUUUACUGCCUGCUGCCCGUGCCUGUGUGGUACUCUGUUCUUAAAGAGUCCAACACACUAACAGACUUGAUUCACUCAGCUCCUUCCCUGCCGCUGUGGAAAUGCUUUGGCUACUUUGCUCUGGUAGCAUUCGGGAUUGAACUGCUGGUGGUGAGUUUUUUCCAUCGCGCCAUGCUGACUGUGGGUCUGGCUGUCUUCUCACUCUGGCCAAUGCUGUCAGGUCUUUUUGACAAGGCUAAGUGCCACUCGGUGAACUGGUUUGUGGGCUGCCUCUGUUUGGCUGCUUUCCCCCUAAUGCCUGUUGUGGGAAGGGAGCCUAACAUACAUCUGGUGAUUUGUGCAGGUCUUCUCACUCUCUUUAUAUCAGCCUGUUUUCUCUGGCCGUCACGGAACAGGACAUCACUCCACCUUAGUGAUAAACAGCAGUUUGUCGUACAGUUGCUGCAUGUGGCAGUGUGUGCGUACGUGCCAUUCCUCACACACUCCAGCCUAGAGCAGAAACAGGGUCUGCCUCUUCUCAAUCAGAUGAUCAGUUGGGUCACAUUAGCCUCUUCCAUACUUGUUCCAUUGAUGAGCUCUACACGCCUGUUUCACCGGCUUCUCAGCAUAUUUCUCUCGCUCACAGCCACGUACCUUCUGCUUAGCACUGGGACCGAGGCCUUGUUCCCGCCUGUGUUAUCUUGGUUGAUGUUUGUGUGGAUCAACAUUGAACAGGAAGCCAUGAUCGCUGAGGGCGUUUCUGGAAGGCAAGAGCUCUCCACUAUUGAUUUCUCUGCUAACAUUGACAUCUCCAGAAUUCGUCAGCUCAAGUUAGAAGACAUCCGGCGAUCAUAUUUCUUUGUUUUUUUCAUAAUAACAGCUUUUUUCGGCACAGGGAACAUAGCCUCUAUUAACAGUUUUGACCCGGCAUCCGUUUAUUGUUUCCUCACAGUCUUCAACCCCUUCAUCAUGGGAGGGUUAAUGAUGUGGAAGGUCAUCAUUCCAUUCAUAAUCGUAAUGUGCACAUUUGAGACCAUCCAAGUGACAUCACAGCUCUCAUCCAGAAGCUUAUUUCUGAUCGUCUUGGUCAUCUCUGACGUGAUGGCUCUGCACUUUUUCUUCCUAGUGCAGGAUUAUGGCACCUGGUUGGACAUUGGCACAAGCAUCAGCCACUAUGUGAUCGUGAUGUCAAUGACCAUCUUCCUGAUGUUGCUCAGUGUCGUCACACACAUCCUCACCUCGCAAAGACUCGUUCUUUGGCGGAGACGCAAGAUGCACUUCCCCUGAAUAAGCAACAGCACACCACAAACUAUUUGAACGAAACAUUCAGUAUUUAUAGGAUUGUAUUUUCUUAUAUUUGAAUGCGUUAUGUGAUUUAUAUAAAAAUGUUUAAAUAUCUCGUAUAUUUAAUGACAAUGUAUUAUGCUAUAGAAGUAUCAGCUUUGAUCAAAUUGUAAUUGUAAGAAAUAUAGUAGACAAAGUAAAGGUGAAAAUGUCAUGGAAUGACAUUGGCAUUGUUAAGAAUUAGAAAAGCUGUAAGAAAAUGUCAAUGGCACUGUAACGCUGAUUAUGAUAGACAUCUCCAUUAGAAAGUUGAUACAGUUAUUAUCAAACUAAUGUUUGUGUUUGCCUCAGCUGUAUUAUAUUAUAGUAGAAUCACGACGACUGGAUUCCUUCCUUAAUGACGACGCAUGAUCAAAGCAGGCCUAUUGCACAAAUCUAUGUUUUGCACUAAAGUGUAUUUUUAGUUUUUUUGCAUUAACAAUUGUUCAUCUGAUAAAUAUUACUUGAAUAGCUCUGUGCAUUAAGUAAGUGUUUGUUUUUUUUAGGCAAACAACUAAUGUAUCAUUGUUUUGAAGGGUUUUGUUGUUUUAUAUUUGUAUGGUUUUAAUGCUUGAUGUGUUUGAAUAAAACUGAUGGAAUUAAA